CAUGCCAACAUAAUCUUAUCUAACUGACUAACUAUUUGUUUACAUUGCACAGCAGCAUUCGCUUUGGUCGCGUUCAUGUCAAUUCUCACAAUGACACUGAUAAGUAUUCAUCGCUGCAAAGUAAUAGAAGAGUCACAGUAUGGUUAAGAAGGAAGCCAGUAAAGGGAGAGAGUGGGAGAAGGGUCGUCGUGAUGUACUCAACCAAACAUUUUGUGAACUGCAAAAAGCUCUUCCAAGUUACAUUGAUGGACAGAUUAUCAGCAAAAAGAACAUUCUUAUUCAAGCACUUGGAUACAUUCAACAACUACAACAGGAAAAGAAAAAUGGAGGAGAGGAAGGAAAUCAAGAGAUGAAACUAGAAGUCCUUCAAAAAUGGACCCUGCAUGUUCUUCAAAAAUUCAGCCAGCUUCUCUCACUCAUCGAUAAAGACAAUAUCAAAGUUCCAAUUGAUUUUCUCAAACUGCUGACACCUCCAGCCUGGAUAAGUCCAGAGAUUUCAAAAUCAAUCUCAAAAAUAGAAAAAUUUGGAGCCAACAACAAUGUUACCAACAAGAAGCAGAAAAUUGCAGGUAAACGAAAAGGCAACACUUCUCUCAGCACUACAUCAGCCUCAAGUAACAGCAUGGCAUCAAGUACCAUCAACACUAAAGUGGAGAAACCUGUUAGUCUGGUAAAAGUAGCUCAAUUUCAAAGUGAUAGUGGUGACCCAAACUCUGGUCAAGGUGCUAACUCGUCCAUUCUUCAGAGUAAUCCGUUGCUUAUGCAAUCGUCGCCAUUGCAAAUGUCCUCUCAAUUAUUGUUUGCAUCUAAUUCCUCGAGUACACCACUCCCAUUACUUGUUUCUGUAACUGGUGUUAAAACCGUCAAUCCAUUCAUUCUUGUUCAAAGUAAUGUAGUGACUCCUAGUCCUUUGUCUGGUCAGAAAGUUGUCAGCAGUGGAAUGAACAACCGACCAAUCCAGCCUGGUCCACCUAACAAAACCUCCAAGAAACUGAGGAAACUCCCUAUUCCUUCAUUGAAGCAAUGUGGUGGCCAUAGAAAUAUUUCUGUUCAUGGUAAAAGUAAGCUAUUGAAACAAAGUUCUAAAGUUGAUUCAAAGCCUUGUCCUCAGAAAACAGUUAAAAUCAAGAAUGUUUCUCAAGAUAUCCAAUCUGUUGACUCUGAACCAGUCCAAGGCGCUGCCGCACCUGAUGAAAAUGGAUUGAAAUCAACAAUGACAAGUGCUGUUAGUGAGACCAAGAGUGCAGCCCAGAAACAACCUGCUAAUAUUUUGCUUGGCUCUGAGGGAAAAUGUUCUCAACCAAUAUCUGAUGUCAACAAAGAAAAUGUUGCUGAAAAUAGUUUGAAUAGUAAGUGUGCAUCAGAUGAGACUAAACUAAAUGUGUAUUUUACAUCAUCAAACAAAGAUGAAGCUGCUGGCACCGAACUUUUGAGCACCUUGGAAAACCCCAAAGAAGCACCUGUUGUAGAAAAUGAAGAAAUAAGCACUUUGCACAUUGGCCAACAAUUAAAAAAGAAUGAUAGCAGUGCUCAAAAAUUGAUGGACUGCGAGAAAACACCUGUUAAAAAGCGUCUUUGUGAGAUGGAUAUAAACUCGGCUAUUUUUAAACGGCAAAAAUGUGCAAUGGAAGACUCCAGCAUGGAUGGUUCAAAGAUAGAUAAGACCAGUGCCACUGAUUGUCAUCUUUCUCAUAUCAGCACUGUUGAAGUAUCACCGGUGAAAACUUCAAAAUCAAGUUACAGUAUAUUGGCUCUUUGCGAGGGGCAGCACCUUUUCUCAGAAACUGGCUUAACAUCGGAGGCCACAGAUCAAAUUGUUCAGGAAAUUUCUACCAGAAGAAGCUCUGAGCAAGACAAGGAAGUCACUGAUGGAGGCAGAAUGGGAAUAUUAAUUCAUCAACAAGUGCCAAUUGAAAAGCCUAAUGAUGUUUGUUCCAACACUGAAAAGAGCAGGCAGGCAUCAACUACAAACACUUACAGUGAGUGGUCUGAUAAAAUUAAAUAUAAGUCUGAUAGAUUAAGCUCCAGUGGCAAUAUAUUCUCAAGUGUGCCAUUACACAAUAACAAAAAUACUUUUAUCCCAAUCAGUGAUAUGGAGAACUUUAAAGCAGUGCCAGAGUCUUUUGAUUCGACUGACGCCUCAUUUGGUUUGCCCAUGCAUUCUUCUGACAUUUCCAAUGAUAUAUUUGCUUCCCUACAAGUUCCAACUGCAGGGCAGCAUCCAGAAUCAAUAUCGCCAACUGCUGCCUUUCUUUUAUCAUUUCCUCUUGUGUCUACGUCAAAAGCUACAGAACUGCUAGCAGAUGACACAGUUUGUGAAAAUACUGACAGCCAGCCAGGAAUUAAAACAAUUUUGCAAAUUGGAAACAUGGACUGUGACACACCAGUGACAAAAUGUGUCACUGAAUUUUCACCAAUAGAAGGUAGUAAUGUAGUUUACAGUACAUCUAACAUAUUUAGCCAUGAUACUGUGCCACUUGCCAUCUCAAAGAACAAGUCUUCUGUUGAUAAUCGAAAUUUUGCACAUAAAGGAGUAGAUCAAAUAUCAUCUCACAAAUGUGCAAAUACUGGAACCCUUCUCUCUCUCAAGGAAACUGCAAACUUUGCUCAAAAGCAUAUGGAACCAACUUCCAAGUGCUCCCAUACAUUCUCUUCAAAAUCCAUUUAUCAGCCUCCUUGCGACAGCAGUAAACAGAUUUGUCAGUCAAGGAAUGAAUCUGCUUCCAGCUCAGUGACUUCAAAUGGUAAUGGUGUUCAACAUGAUGUUUCAAGAAUGCAAUCAAAGCAUAGUGGAGCCCAUGGCAUUUCCAACAAAGCAUCGCAGAAGCCAAAUGAUUCAACACCAUUUUUGAUUUGUGAGAAACAAACAGAUUGGAUGGACGUACCUCAUUCAACCUACUCUGAUUUUUCUACUUUGAGUGCUUCUCGAUCAGACUGUGCUGUUAACUAUGUCCUCCCUCCUGUUUUGAUGAGUUCAGGUAUCAGUGUUGAAGACUCGAGUUCUGCCACCAAAUGCCAAGCUCCAUCUUCAUCCGCAGGACUGGUUUCAUGGUCAACAUUAGCUCCUGAAAAUAAUCAAGGUUCAAAACAAGUUUCAAGACUUGGCCAUUUUCAAGAUAUGUUUACAACAUCCAAAACUAAUAUUAAAUCAGCUGAAUUUCAAGUGUCAGACAUUAGCAUAGGUUCAUCUGCUUCCAGCCAGAGCCAAGUGGCAUCGACUUCAUUGGCUGUUACUAAAAUGAAUACUGUUGUGUCUAACUUCGAGCAGAACCAUCACUUGAUGAAUCUUCCCAGUCAUGGCAGUAAGCCAAGUGCAUCCUCAGCUAGUGGUUCAGAUUUGAAGAAGUCAUUCUCCAUUUCAGACAGAAAACAAGAGGAGUGCAGUACAUUAAAUGUAAUGAACACUUCCUCCAAUGUGCCUUCUUCUAACACAACUGACAGAGGACGAUUCAAUGAAACUGAAUCAGGACCAAAUCUAAGGCAACAAACAUCUCUAUCCACUUCUGCAACUGUUGGAUACACCCUAUCAGAAGCAAAACAGUCUAAGACCAGCAAUAUUUACUUUGAAGAUAGAUCAUCCAAGAGCCUGAAACCUUCAACAAGCAUUACUUUGGAGAAUGUUGGUUCGAAAGAAUCAAUCAACUUAAUGAAUUACAAUCAAAAUGCAGUUGUCUCGGAACUAAAGCAGUCAUUGGUGGGGCCUAGUUAUGAAUCCCUGAAUGUGAAAGGAAAUGAAGUGAAUAACCACCACCUUCAAGGUAAUAUUUCGAAGCUACAUGUAGCCCAAAACAACGAAUAUCCAGUGGCUCCUUCCUCAACAAAUAAGAAAAAUGUGAUUGAUUUUAAUGUAAACAGUGAUUUAUCAGUGGAUGCAGCAAAGAGCAAUAUAUCUGGACAAAAUUUCAACCUAGAAAGCUCAACAAAUGUAAUGCAAUUCAGCAACAGUGCUUUGAAUGUGCUCACAAAUCAUCAAGAAUCUUACAGCAAUAAAUCUGCUGACCGUGAGAGCCAGAUGAAAUCUCAACAGCAGUGUGCACGAUCAACUAACAAAGAGUCAGUAUCAAAUUUGCAUCGGCCCCCUGUUAAUUGGAUGACAGCCCCAGACAUACGAUCUCAUCAGCAUCACAGCGGGCCUUCUUUUGGUAACAAUUCGAAUUUGAACAGUACUCAGGGAUUGCUCUAUUUGCCAGACCACACUAAAGAUUCAGACAGCACUGCUACCUUAUUUGACCAAUCGUCCAACUUCCACUGUUUGGAUAUUCCUCACUCUGGUCAGUCGUUGUUCAAAGGAAAUGAACUUCAUCUCUUUGGAAAUGAAACUGUGGAAAACUUUCAUGAUAGCUCUGCAUGGUCACCUAACAAGAAUGGAGGUUCUUCAAUGCUUGGAAAUAUGAUGAUUCCAUCCACUUUGCCAACACUUGUCGGUGACUUAGCUCUGGGAGAUACCAACAUAAGUCGACCCUUCCUACCAUCUUAUAGCAAUGACACUCAAUCAUGUCAUAAAAAGUCAGUGAAACGAUCAAUAAUUACUUCAAGGCGCUCAGAGAAACCCGUAGAAGAAAGUGUUGCUACAGGACAAGAGUGUGGGGGUUCGUUCUUGUCUGUUAGUCAGCUUGUUGACUCUGGAAAUGGAAGUAAGACUCGAACUUCGUCCUCAACUAAAGAAAGUAAUAUUCCAUACUCAGGAUCCUUUAGUCAUCAAGAUACUACGGGCUGUCAGUCACUCAAACAGAACUCAAAACCUGUCUCUAGCAAUUAUUCAACUGAAGCUUUGCUGUCAUCAUCAAAUGCUCAACAAACCAAUCAACACAAUCAUCGGAAGCGUCGGUCCCAUAGUGCUCAUUAUUCCAAUAACUUUGUUGGAGGCACUGUAUCAUAUCAGAAUAAUUCUUCCAUUUCUUUACAAGUUCAAGGACCUCAAACACAGUUUUUGACAGAUUUGCCUCCCCAUAGACAAAAUGAUUAUCAAGGAACAUUCCUGCCCAGUGAUGGGGUUCAUUCAUUUAUGCUUGGCAACCCAUCAAGAACCCACCGGAACCAAUCUUAUCCUCUACAAAAUAUUUCUGACAGAUCUUCUAUGGAUGAUAACCUACUACAGAAGAAUCACAACUCUACAGGAAUGACAGAUACCUCUGUUAGCCGCAAUCACCGAUCAAAUGCCAUUAAUCCCAUAAACAACACAUCUUCAACAGUCCCAUCAAAUAUCAUUGACUUUGGUUACAUGAAUAUGCCGCCGCCUGUUUCUCAAGACGAUAUUAAUUUUUCCAAUCACCCUCCUGCACCUUCUUUCCUAUCUCAUCACUCAUAUCCUAUGCCCUCCCAAGAUUCAUUGUACACAACUCCCCGGCUUACCAUCCAUGCUGCUAACACUCACCAAAAUAGCACCAUACAAUCUCCUAGUGCAACAACUCUAACAAACUUCCAUUUAAGUACAAUAUUUCCUGAGAUUAAUGACAAAGUUAUCUGUUAAUUUUUUUAUUUUAAGGUUUAAUUUAGACUGUGAUCUUGUAAAUAUUAACAUUUAGAAACAAACAAAAAACAUAUUUUGUGUUUUAUAAUUGUUUAAGAUUUGUUUUUGUGCAAUUUACUGUAUUGCAAGUAUAAUAUGACAUUAAUCAGCAACUGAUGCCAGUUGUUCUAGCCUAAUGUUUUUUGUGCAGUGCAGGUACUUUGUUACUACUUAACAUAAUUGUUUUUAGUUUAAGUGAAGAUAAAUGUGAUUGUUGUAUUGUUCUAUAAUAUAAUAAAUCUUGUUCGAUGAAAAUGAA